AGACAUAAAUACGCUGAUGAUCGAAUUCUCAGUCGUCAUUAUGUCGAAAAUGUCAAUCAAAUGCAUAAUAGCAGGUUUGACCCUGCUACUUGUUCAUAAUUCAUCAGGUCAACAAUGUAACACGCGAUCGUUCCAACGCUUGUGUGUCACCGAUGGCGAUAAUGUGGUACUCGAAAACGAAAGGCUAUCAAUGACUAUUAGCAAGACAAGGGGACAGAUCAGUGCACUUUAUUACAAUUCGCGCGUUGAUAAUGGUAUCAGAUCAACCAAUUUGUUGAGAGGCGGCGGCUCUGGUUAUUACAUUGCCAAUAUUGGUGUGGACGGCAACAGUUUGACAGUCGGGCCUACUAUAGCAGAUAUGAAAAUUACACAGAGUGCUGAGUUAAUUGACCUGGCAUUCACACACAGGAACACAAGCAAUUGGCCAAUUAACUUCGAAUUUCACUUGGUCCUUGAAAGGAAUUCAUCCAUAUUUUACUACUACUCCAUUCACAAGUACUUACGAGAUGGUUACACUGUCGGUCAGCUAAGAUGGGCAAUAAGAGCCAACGCGGACACAUUCAAGUUUUACAGCGUAGACGGAAAGAGAGCGGGGCCCACGCCCACCCAGCAGGCCAUAAACUCAGCUCAAUCUGUACAAGAUUGGACCUAUCUGUUCGCAGAUGGAUCAGUUUACUCAAAAUAUCAGCAAAUAUCGGCUAAUGAAGACAUAAACACUGUGUUCGGUAUUUAUGGCGAUCGCAUUGGACUGUCUCUGCUGCAGACACACAAAGAGUGGGUCAGCGGUGGACCAUUCAAACAGGAUCUAACAACGCACACCGGACAAAUGCUGCUCUUCCAUGAACACUCGGGACAUUACGGCACUCCAGGACUGGUGCCCACCGAGGGAUGGGCCAAAGUGUACGGUCCGAUCGGCUUCUAUCUCAACGAUGGCCAAAGUCUUUCUCAAAUGUAUUCCGACGCUCAGAGACAACUCAGUGAUGAGGAGAAGAAGUGGCCGUACCAGUUUGUCACCGCACCAGAAUACAAUGCCCAAGGGAGAGGCAGUGUGUCGGGGGUACUCCAUGUGGAUGGGUCGCCGAAUGAAGAAUGGGUAUACCUUAUUCUGACUGAACCUCAUGUCGAUGACCCCCAGUUAGAAACGGCUACCUACAUGUAUUCGGCAACUGCUAAAGAAAAUGGUGAAUUCACAAUACCAGCUGUGAGACCAGGCACGUACAAACUACAAGUAAUAGCUAAGGGUGUAGUUGGAAAAUACGUUCAAAACAACAUUAAUGUGCAGGGAAAUAAAAAUAACGAUCUUGGCACGAUCAAUUGGAACCAGGAGAGCAAUGGUCAAUUGCUUUGGCAGAUCGGUGUACCUGAUAGAAAUUCGGCAGAGUUCAAAUCGCCACCUGGCUUUCCAUCACCGAUUCCUAAUUUAGAAGAGUACCGCAAGUUUGGCACAUGGCUCAGAUAUUCCAUAGAAUUUCCUAAUGAUCCAAAUUUCACGGUUGGCGUCAGUGAUCCAGCUAAAGACUGGUGCUACUUCAUGCCCAUGAUCAAGACACCUGGCUUUCCUGACCAGCUUAACUUGGUCAAUGUCACCCAAAAUAUACAACCUACCAACUGGAAGGUCAGGUUCGAUUAUAACGGGUCAAGCGAAGGGACCGCUACAUUGACACUGGGAUUAGCUGCCAGGGUCCGAGCCGGAAUUCGUGCAGUGAUUAACGGUCAAGAGAUACUUAUGUUGGACAGCUUUGAUGGGCCGGUAGGCGAUUCUGCACUAUUUCGUCAAGCAGCGCACGGUAUUUUCCGCCAGCAGAUUGUGACGUUCAGUCAGUCACUGCUGCAGGAGAAGAAUCUUCUGGAGUUCACACCUCCUGGCGCAGUGAGUCAAAACCAUAGAGACAGAAUGGUGAUGUGGGAUUUCUUGAGACUGGAAGUCAGCAACUAAUUGUGUUUUCAUGUAUUUUAUAAAAAAAGGUUUAUUACGAGUUGCCAGUCAAUAAAAAUUUUAUAAUUGUC